GACUGCUUAAGUGUGAUGAAUUAUUCAUGAAGGCAAAAACAAACUAUAACGCAUGCUUUUCGAAGCAAAUGUUCUUAUUCGGUGUCUAUGAUCGAUAUAUCUUUCUAGUAUAAAUCGUGUUUGUGUUGUGGACCCAUUGCAAAAUUUGCCAUUGGUUUUAAGCCUGCUGAAACUAUCAGAGAUAAAACAGCGAUGUUUACUUACAUUGUCAUUACAUUGGCUUCUGUGACUGUACAACAAACAGUACAACAAUUUACUCAAUCAACGACGGGUGUCAAAACAGCCAAAUUUCAUCAGGUGAAACAGACGAACUUCCAGAUGAUUCCAUUGGAUUCCGCUGUUUUCAUGAACAUUCCCAGCACACUCGCAUGUGCUGCGUUGUGUCGAGCUAAAAUGUCCUACUGUUUCAGUUUUAUCUACAGUAAAACAUCAAGAAACUGUAGUCUGGGAUCCUGGCUGGUACCAACUGACCAGUACCCGGCCAGUGAUGAACUUUUAUAUACGACUGACCAAUAUUAUCUCAAGGCAGAAAGCGAUCAAAGCUUUAAAGUAAAGCUUAUGAAUAAAAGUAAUAUUGUAAACCUAGAUGAGAACGCCAACUACACAUCGUGUAUGGAGGUGAGGAACACAACAGAGCCAAGAAAACUUGUCCAACUCACUUCCGGUCAGGUGGUCAUGUGUGACACACAGACGGACGGAGGCGGCUGGACCAUUUUCCAGCGACGGGUUUCCGGUGCCACGGAAUUUUUCCGCAGCUGGAAUGAUUACAAGGAAGGUUUCGGGGACUACAACGUGGGCAAUUUUUACCUCGGGAAUGAGAACGUCUACAAGCUAAGCUCAACUGACCCGCACGAGCUGAGGUUUGAUCUGACGUAUUUAGGGAAGCCAUACUACGCGCUCUAUUCCUAUUUCAAGUUCAACAACGAAACGGAUGGCUACAGGCUGCAGUUCUCCAACUACUCCGGCGAUGCUGGGGACGCCAUGUCAAUCAGACACACUGACGCGAUGUUUACGACAUACGACAAGGACAACAACAUAAAAGGAGGGAACUGUGUCCCUAGUUUUAGAGGUUGUUGGUGGUACGCCUUCUGCCAUUCUGUUCACCUGAACGGCAACUGGGCCAGUAAAGAUUACGGUCUAGGUCUAAACUGGUACAAUCUUACAGGGAACUUGACAAGCGCGGCUGGCACCAUAAAGACGGUCAGUUUCCAGCGUGUGACGAGGCCCUACUCAAUGUCUCCACUCAAUGUCGUGUUCACCAGGGUGCCAAGUGUGGCUGCCUGUGCCGCGCUGUGUAGAGCCAAUAACACGGUGUGCUACAGUUUUAUGUACAGCAAGACUGCAAGAAACUGCACUUUGGGAUCCUGGCUAGUGCCUGCCGACUCGUCUGUCAGUAUUGGCGACAAUGUUCUGUACACAUUCGACAAGUAUUAUGUCAAGUCCCAGGCGGACUCAAGUUUUGGGACACCGCUCAUGAGCACAAGCAAUAUAACAGGGUUGGACGAGAACGCCAACUACACAUCGUGUAUGGAGGUGAGGAACACAACAGAGCCAAGAAAACUUGUCCAACUCACUUCCGGUCAGGUGGUCAUGUGUGACACACAGACGGACGGAGGCGGCUGGACCAUUUUCCAGCGACGGGUUUCCGGUGUCACGGAAUUUUUCCGCAGCUGGAAUGAUUACAAGGAAGGUUUCGGGGACUACAACGUGGGCAAUUUUUACCUCGGGAAUGAGAACGUCUACAAGCUAAGCUCAACUGGCCCGCACGAGCUGAGGUUUGAUCUGACCUAUUUAGGGAAGCCAUACUACGCGCUCUAUUCCUAUUUCAAGUUCAACAACGAAACGGAUGGCUACAGGCUGCAGUUCUCCAACUACUCCGGCGAUGCUGGGGACGCCAUGUCACGACUUAACGUCAACCGGAAGUUCACGACGUUCGACAGAGACAACGACGUCAAAUCGAACGCUAACUGCGCGCUCAUCUACAGAGCAGGGUGGUGGUACUCCUACUGCCACUACGCCCACCUCAACGGCAACUGGGGCAGCACCGACUACAGCAUGGGACUCAACUGGUACGACCUCACAGGAGACUACGGCAACAUUGAGAAAUGUGAAAUUAAAUUUAGACCUAUCGUUUAG